AUGGCGAAUCUACCACAACCACAGAGCACAAUAGCUCCGGACAGUCCUUUGAGAGAACAGAGAGAACAUCAUAGGCUCGUUGAGAGACUCACCGAUCGACUCGAAACCCCCAGUCUAGAUGAUCGUUCGUAUCGAGUUAUUAAACUCCCCAAUCAACUAGAGGUAUUGCUCGUUCAUGAUGCCGAAACAGACAAAGCCUCAGCCGCUAUGGAUGUCAAUGUGGGGAAUUUCAGUGACCCUGAAGAUUUCCCUGGUAUGGCGCAUGCUGUAGAGCAUCUGCUUUUCAUGGGAACUAAAAAGUAUCCUGUAGAAAAUGCUUAUUCACAAUACCUUUCUUCGCAUUCCGGAAGUUCCAAUGCGUACACCGGUGCCACAUCUACAAAUUAUUACUUUGAGGUUGCUGCAAAAUCGGGGGAGGAUGGAGACUCAGAAGAUGCGAACCUCUCGCCCUUGUAUGGUGCUCUGGACCGAUUCGCGCAAUUUUUCAUAGACCCUCUCUUUCUCGAUUCGACUUUGGACCGAGAAUUAAAGGCUGUGGACUCAGAGAACAAGAAGAAUCUGCAAAGUGAUCAAUGGAGAUUGCAUCAACUGGAUAAAUCAUUAUCGAAUCCAAAGCAUCCUUAUUGCCAUUUUUCGACAGGAAAUCUAGAGGUUUUGAAGAUCCAGCCAGAAUCGCGGGGAAUAAAUGUUCGAGAAAAGUUCAUGGAAUUCCAUGAGAAACACUAUUCUGCGAAUCGUAUGAAGCUCGUGAUAUUGGGAGGGGAGCCAUUAGAUAAGUUGGAAUCAUGGGCGGCUGAUCUUUUCGCCGGAGUACGAAACAAAGAUUUGCCACAAAAUCGUUGGGAGGAUGAGCAGCCUUACGGUCCAGAACAACUUUCCACUCAAUGUUUCGCGAAACCGGUAAUGGAUUCCCGAACUUUGGACAUUUCCAUCCCCUUCAUUGACGAAGAAUUACUUUUCGAAUCACAACCGAGUCGAUAUUUGACACAUCUUAUUGGCCAUGAAGGACCAGGCAGUAUUAUGGCUUACAUCAAGUCAAAGGGAUGGGCGAAUGCUUUAAGUGCAGGUGUCUAUGAAAUAUGUCCGGGAACACCUGGCUUGUUCAGUUGCCAAAUACGUUUGACGGAAGAUGGACUGAAGAACUACAAGGAAGUUGUCAAAGUCUUCUUCCAGUACAUUGCACUUCUCAAAGACACACCACCGCAAGAAUGGAUCUUUGAUGAACAGAAGGGAUUGGCCGAUGUUGAUUUCAAAUUCAAGCAAAAGACUCCAGCCAGCAGAUUCACCAGCAAAAUCAGUGCCGUCAUGCAAACUCCAUUACCCCGAGAAUGGUUACUCAGUGGCCAUAGCAGACUUCGAAAGUUCGAUGGAGAAAGAAUAUCUGCCGGACUUGAUUGCUUAAGAGCUGACAAUUUCCGCAUGGCAAUUUCUUCACAAACUUUCCCGGGUGGUUGGGAUUCAAAGGAAAAGUGGUAUGGUACCGAGUACAAAUACGAGAAGAUUCCGGCGGAUUUCUUGGAAGAGAUCAAGAAGGCGGCUUCCAGCAAGAAAGGGGAAAGAUUCCCAGAAUUACAUCUACCCCACGUAAAUCAGUUCAUUCCAACCAAACUCGAGGUUGAAAAGAAGGAAGUUCAGACCCCUGCUAUUUCUCCAAAGUUGAUCAGAAAUGAUGACUCGGUAAGGACUUGGUUCAAGAAAGAUGAUACUUUCUGGGUUCCAAAAGCAAAUCUAUUUAUGCAAUGCAGAAAUCCUUUGCCAAUGGCUACGGCAGAAAACUCUCUCAAAGCAAGAAUGUACACCGAUCUGGUUUAUGACGCACUAGAAGAUUACGCCUACGAUGCUGAGCUUGCAGGACUGGAAUACUCUGUAUCUAGUCAUUCAAUGGGUUUGGAGAUUAGUGUUUCCGGAUAUAAUGAUAAGCUCCCCGUUCUUCUUGAGAAGGUUUUGACUACCAUGAGAGAUCUCGAGGUUAAAGAGGAUCGAUUUGAGAUAAUCAAGGAGCGAUUGACAAGGGGUCUUAAGAACUGGGACUUUCAACAACCCUACAAUCAAGUCGGUGACUACAUGAGAUGGCUCAGCAGCGAGAAGGGCUAUAUCAAUGAGCAAUACUUGGCCGAACUUUCACAUGUUACUGUGGCCGACAUUCAACAAUUCUACCCGCAUUUGUUAAGACAGAUGCACAUUGAAACUUUUGUACAUGGAAACUUGUACAAGGAGGAUGCUUUGAAAUUGGCCGAUUUGACGGAAAGUAUUCUGAAGCCAAGAGUAUUACCUCAAACUCAAUGGCCAAUCGGUAGAGCUUUAGUCUUUCCACCUGGUGCUAAUUUCGUUUACCACAAGACCUUGAAAGAUCCGGCUAACGUCAAUCACUGCAUCGAAUACGUUUUGUCAAUUGGAGACAAGGCUGUGCGACCUCAACGAGCCAAGGCCCUCCUUCUCGAUCAGAUGACCCAUGAACCGGCAUUUGAUCAAUUACGAACAAAGGAGCAGUUGGGUUACGUUGUAUUCAGUGGUUGCUCAACAACAACGACCACCAUCGCUUAUAGAUUCAUCAUUCAGAGCGAGAAGACUCCCCAAUAUCUUGAAGAGCGAAUCGAUUCUUUCUUGGUUGGAUAUGCAGAAAUUCUCAAAAACAUGUCAGAUUCUGAAUUUGAAGGACACAAGCGAAGUUUGGUCACGAAACGAUUAGAGAAGUUGAAGAAUUUGGAUCAAGAAUCAAACCGUUUGUGGUCUCAUAUUGACUAUGAGUACUUUGACUUCGAGCUUGUCCAUCACGACGCUGCCAAUGUCAAGGCACUCACAAAAGAAGACAUGGUACAAUUUUACGAUCAAUUCAUCCUUCCAUCUUCUCCACUUCGCUCCAAACUCGCCAUUCACCUCAUCGCUCAAGGAAUCUCUUUACCAGAAGAGAAACCAGAAGAGCAAACUGUUCUUGCAGUCAACAAAGAUCGUAAAGAUGCUGAAGAUGGAGAAGCUGUCGCAGUCAAAGUUGAAGGCAAUGGUACUGUACCAUAUGUUAUCACAGAUGUGCGACAAUUCAAGAGUAUGUUGCAGGUAACUGCGGGACCACAACCAGUCAAACAUAUUAAGUACAAGUAUUUUGAAAAUUUACCGAGAAAGUUUCAGGGGUGGGAUUGUGGAAGGGUGGGUGGGGCUGAGGAAGGAGGGGUAUUGGUGGUGGAUGUGGUGGAUAAUGGAUUUGAUUUGGGAGUUUGGGAAGAUGAGAGGUGGGAGGUGAAGGGGAUGGGAGAGGUGAGAGGUGAGAGAUGGAUGGGAGAUGGACGAGAGAAGGGAGAUGGGAUGGGGACUUUAGAGAGGGGGGGCGAGGGGAGGGGGCGGAUGGCAGAAGGAGAAGGAGAUGCAGUCUGGGGUUCGGUUGAGAUGGGUGGGGGAGGGAUCUGA